UUAUAUUCAAGUUCGACCAGAAUUUCGAACGGAAUAUCGUCGUCAAAAAUUGACUGAUAAAUGGUUAAAAUCUUUAACAACAUCUAAAUCAAUUGCUGAACAUGUUUUCAUAUUUGAAUAUGAUCUUUCUCAAUUAAUUCAACAAUUAAAACAAUUUACUUUUCUCGAUAUUUAUGGUCAAAUUGAUCGUCAAAAAAUCGAACCUUACCGUUCUAUGAUUCAAAGACGUUUUCCUAAUAGUCGAGUUGAUAUUCAAAUAAGAAGAUUUUGUCUUUGGUUUUGA